GCACCGGGCGCUGCCCGAGGGAUUCAGGCCGGCUCGCGGUCGCUGCCAGUCUCAGGCGGCGGCGUCCGGCGCGCGGUCGGCCUGCCAGGCAGGCUGAGGGCGAGCGGCGCGCGGGCGAGGCGCAGCCGGACGAGACUGACCGGUUACCGCGGCUACAGCAGGUUUUCUACAUAUAAAAGACAAUGACUACUGAUGAAGGUGCCAAGAACAAUGGAGAAAGCCCAGCAGCAGCUGUUGCUGAACGGGGAGAGGAUAUUACCUCCAAAAAAGAUAGAGGAGUAUUAAAGAUUGUCAGAAGAGUGGGGAAUAGUGAAGAAACACCAAUGAUUGGAGACAAAGUUUAUGUCCACUACAAAGGAAAAUUGUCAAAUGGAAAGAAGUUUGAUUCAAGUCGUGAUAGAAAUGAACCAUUUGUCUUUAGUCUUGGCAAAGGCCAAGUUAUCAAGGCAUGGGACAUUGGGGUGGCUACCAUGAAGAAAGGAGAGAUCUGUCAUUUAUUGUGCAAACCAGAAUAUGCUUAUGGCUCUGCUGGCAACCACCCCCAAAUUCCCUCAAAUGCAACUCUCUUUUUUGAGAUUGAACUCCUUGAUUUCAAAGGAGAGGAUUUAUUUGAAGAUGGAGGCAUUAUUCGGAGAAUCAAACAGAAAGGAGAAGGAUAUUCAAACCCAAAUGAAGGAGCAACAGUAGAAAUCCACCUGGAAGGCUGCUGUGGCGGAAGGAUGUUUGAUUGCAGAGACGUGGUGUUUAUCGUUGGUGAAGGAGAAGACCACGACAUUCCAAUUGGAAUUGACAAAGCCUUGGAGAAAAUGCAGCGGGAAGAGCAGUGUAUUUUAUAUGUUGGGCCACGAUAUGGUUUUGGAGAGGCAGGGAAGCCUAAAUUUGGCAUUGAACCUAAUGCUGAGCUUAUAUAUGAAGUUACACUUAAGAGCUUCGAAAAGGCCAAAGAAUCCUGGGAGAUGGAUACCAAAGAAAAAUUGGAGCAGGCUGCCAUUGUCAAAGAAAAAGGAACUGUGUACUUUAAGGGAGGCAAGUACUUGCAGGCAGUGAUUCAGUAUGGGAAGAUAGUGUCCUGGCUGGAGAUGGAGUAUGGCUUAUCAGAAAAGGAAUCUAAAGCCUCUGAGUCAUUUCUACUCGCUGCCUUCCUGAACCUGGCUAUGUGCUACCUGAAACUUCGAGAAUACACCAAAGCUGUGGAGUGCUGUGAUAAGGCCCUUGGACUAGACAGUGCCAAUGAGAAGGGCUUGUAUAGGAGAGGUGAAGCCCAGCUGUUCAUGAAUGAGUUUGAGUCAGCCAAGGGUGACUUUGAAAAAGUGUUGGAAGUGAAUCCCCACAAUAAGGCCGCAAGACUGCAGAUCUCCAUGUGCCAGAAAAAAGCUAAGGAGCAUAAUGAGCGGGACCGCAAGAUAUAUGCCAACAUGUUCCAGAAGUUUGCCGAACAAGAUGCAAAGGAACAGGCCAGUAAAGCAGUGGACAAGAAGACAGCAAAAGGAGUCACCAAUGAAAAAGAUACAGAGAGUCAAGCAAUGGAAGAAGAGAAAGUUGAAGGCCGAGUAUGACACCACGCAAAGGAGGGAAGAGUCCUAUGAACUCGGCCCCUCCUUUGUGGGCUUUCAUCCAACUCAGGACUAAACAGUGUUUAAUGUAAAGUUUAUUAUAGUGUAUGUGACUCUGGAAGCAAAUGGCAAAGCCAGUAGCUUCCAGGAAAACCACCACCCUGCUGCUGCCCAGAGCUCUCACUGAGGGGGUGGCGUGGGACCACUCCAAGUGAGACAAAAGAGAAAUGGCUGUUGGUGUGGAGAGAUUGAGCCAACAGCUAAGCCCAACUUUUUUAAGUUAAUCUCAACUUUCAAUGUCCAGUUCAGGAUCCCUUGAGAUAACCCUAACAAUUUGAGGCUGUCAGUCAGGUUUUGCAUUUGGUUAAACUCUUAAUAGCAUAGCACUGUAGGAACCUUAAAAAAAAAAAAAAUGUUUAAUAUGUUUCUCCUUUCCUACAAUUGGGCUGGGGAAAGGAGGGUGAGGUUUUGUUUCUUAAAUGACUGAAUUGCUUUGAAUGCAACCUAUUACAUUUUUAGCCGACAGAGCCCACAGUGGAAGGCUCUGGUAUCCCCUCAAACCCCCACAGCAGCAUCACAGACCUGAAAGCCAGAACCUCAGAGGCCGCUUGCUUGCUAACUUAGCCACCUCCUUGUGAGAGAGUAUGUUUUGCCCGUACCCAGCCUUUCAUGGGAGGAGAAAUUCUAUCAUUCCUAAAACACCCUUCAGCAGAGAUAAUGAACAGGGAGGUUUCUGGGUUCACUUUCCCUUUUCUAGGUGAAGUUCUGAGAUGCUGAAAUGUGAAAAGAACAACCAGAAUUAGGUUUGUACCCCCACCCUCCCACCCCUCCUCUGUCCCUCUUGGGACAUACUGUUGAAUUAGUAUCACCUGCUAGCAUUGCCACUCUUUAGUUUCUUGUUUCCUUUCUAACCCUUGCUAUUCAGAAUUUAAGACUUGUUUUAAUAUCUCUGAUCUAGAGUGAGUUUAUUUACAUAUUCAUUUAGGAUCAGUGCAGUUCCUUUUUUUUUGUCACCUAUUUAAAAUUAUUGGCCCAUAAACAUGUAUGCUGGUUUAUGGAACUUUAUUUACACUCCUGUCAUUCAAAAAAGAGAAUUUUGUUUUGUUUUGUUUUGUUUUUACUACUAAAGUGGAUUUAUUUUUAAAAACAAAAUCUGUAGGGUCAAAAAAUAAGUAGUUACUCUACUACAUUAAGGGUUCUUUUACCCACAAGUUUGACACUACGGUGACUUUCUUUUUCUACGCUGACAGCUUUUUUGUUCUGGUAUAGGCUGUGAAAAUAAAAAUCAAAAACAGUUUCCCAUGCAAGUCCACCUAGCCCAAAAUUUCCAGUGUUUGAACAUUGAAUUAGGGCAAGUCUUAAUAUGUAUAUGUCACUUAAUCGUAGUUUCUUAUACAGGUAAAUGACAUUGAGCUGACUUUCUAGCCCCACAACUAAAGAACCACUCAUGGCAGUGCCUUCGGCAACACGAGGAAACACUCAUAUCACCCUGGAACAUCUCACUUUUUAAAAUCCUAAAGAACACCGGCAAUGAUAUUUUAAAUUAGUUUUCAUUCUUAUGGUAGUUUCAGCAGAACACUUUCAUUGUUAGGUUACGACCCACAUUAAAAACUAAGAAAGUCCUAUUUUUUUAUACCAGUUUCUCCUCCCUUAGAAAAACUGAAUUAUAUGUUUUCCCUUUUAUGAUAACUAAAACCCUUUCAAUUCCUUCUGUACUUCUUUGUCUUUUUUUCAUAAGAUGUUUAAAAGCCCCAGUCUCACCUACGGGCAAUAUGACAAGCAAAAGCUGAUUUUGCUUAUUUACUUUACUAUUUAGUAUUUGUAGCUCUGUUGACUAGAGCAUGAUUCCAAUGAGGCCAAGAUUAAGAUUUGGCCCUUCAAAGGCCAGUUAGCUUUCUGUAGGUAGCAAAACUAUUUGAAAAUUAGAUUAUCUCAGCCAGCUGCCUCACAAAUAUGUGUUAUAGGUUACUGGGGUGAACAGGAAGAGCAUGGAGGAGAAAGAGGAAAAUGGGUUUAGAGUGGCUCUCAGUAAAGGGAAAAAUAAAUUUCACAUAUUCUUAUUUUAAAUCCAGUCAUCCUAAUCAAUGUAGAAGUUAAUGUCUUUGAGCCAUCUUAGACUUUAUAUGGAGUUGUGAGGCAGCAUACAAUGAAUUUAAAACAACGUAUUUUUCUUUUUAAUUCAGAUGUUUUUGUGUUCCUUAAAUAAAUUUUUAAAAAUUUUAUUUCUUAGUUUUGCUUAAAUAGUCUUCAGGAAAUUUUCAGUUGAAAAAAUGGUGGAGGCAGUGGGGGAUGUCAAGUUGAAGAACGGAGACUUCAGAAAAUUGGCAGGAGCCACUACUGCUCUGCUCUUUGCUCUGAUGCACAAUUAGAAAUCAACGUUGAGCUAAAAGCAGUGGAAUGAAUAACCUUUGCUCAAAUAAUCAGAUAACAAGAGAAUUUUGUUUUUUCAUUAACCAGUGAAUAUUCCAUUUUAACUGAUUGUAAGGUAGGUUCAGAUUGGAAAAUGAAGAGAUUUUAAUUGUGCUCUUUAAUAAAACUGUAAAAAUAGAAGU